AUGGACGACCUUACCUCCACAAUCGAGAAAAUGCUCACAAGUUCCGAUGUUUCCAUUCGAGUCCUGCCAGGAAAACCCUUGGCCCCAGCACAAGCCAUAGCUCGAGAUGACAAGCGCAUGGCACUCCCCAGAAGCCUGGAAGUCCCGUCUCCUGCUUCCCAAAAGACAGGCCGUUCGCAGAAUCACACAACCCAGCCUGCGGCAGGUGCCAUUGUUUACGAAACGCCUCCAACGGGUAGCCAGCACCCCGAACUAAAUCGGCUGUUUGAAUAUUCAGCGGUCUUGGAUUCAGGUGCUUCCCGCCACGUAACCUUCCAGCGGGAAUGGUACACAAGCUUUGCACCAAGCAAAGGAUUUAGGGUCACCGGGGUCGGAGACUUCUUUCUGAAUGCUACAGGAGUAGGCACGGCUCAGGUGUCAUGCAAUACCGGAGGCAAGAAGGUCUAUUUGGAAUUGGAAAAUACUCUCUUCGUUCCAAAUAUUAGAACGUCUCUCAUAUCUGUCUCGCAACUUUUAGAGCAGGGCGCUUAUGUCACCUUCGAACAAGUCGACGAGAAGAUGGUUGGUACGGUCAGAAUAAACGGGCAAGUCUUUACUGCGUCUGAAAUGCAGGGGGUGUUUUUCAUGGACAUGUGGCAGCCGACGGAUCCCAAGGUCAGCAAGCCUUGA